ACACCGCGCACCACACUACGCACACGGGUUUACAAACCAAGGCGCGAUGUCAUCAAGCGCAAUGCGCUGUGUACAGAAUGCAGGAGCGGCGUUGAGAGGCGCUACGCUUUGUUUUGUGACCACUACGCUUGGGCGUGAGGCUGUCCAAUUCUCGGCUAUAAAACAGCUUGUCCGAUCUGCCCGCUUGUGACUCUGACCCCAAGCGACGCAAAAUCAUCACCGACGACUCUGUGCGUUUGAUCCCAGCACACUAAUCGCCUGCAAUUCCCGAACGCAUCAGUAAUUAGUCAAGAUGAAGAUGCAGACUUUUACAAGCACGAUUGCAGGUGUGGUAUUCUGCUCAUUCCUUUUGGCAUCUCCUCAAGCUCAAGCGGCACCUCUCUCUGGGAGCGCGACUCGCUUAGUCGCUCGAGCCCCCUGCCACGACCUGAACCCUCAGUCUGCUGUGGAUGACCCAAUCAAGCAACUCAAGCAUUGGUUCAAGCUCGAGACCAUUAGCCACGCUGUAGACAUCUUCUUUGGCACGAGCAUGGCUUCUUUCGACCCUGCGACGAGCCAGCGCAUCAGCAUGAAAGCAGAUAACGGCGUCACUUUCCCCGCCAUCACGUUGUCCGCGAACCCGGGUAGCGACAGCGACCCAUCUUUGACCGGUCUGAAUUUUGGAAACAUGUUUGGCGUCACCAAGCUGCUCAAGCGUCAGCGCUUCAUCCCCGGUCACGGCAAGAGCACUGGUGGGAAUGGCGUCAACACCUACUCAGUGACUGUUGCCCAAAGCGAAUGCAAGGACGCAAAUGGCAAACCGUGCGACAAGCGAUUCGGAUUCAACGGAUUGACGCAGUAGAAGUCUCAGUCGCGGUUCACAAGCGCUUCUAUCUCUUUGAAUGCGGCUCG